UCCCAUGAUCCCUUGGAGUCGUGGGCGAAGGAAGCAAAAGCGAAGGGGCUAGUUGGCUUCAGUUGAUUAUAAUUUGAUUUUAUAAAAUAAAUAGCGUUGUUUAUUAAUUAGUAAAAUAUUGCAUUGGUUCGGAAACGUUUUGUCUGUUGAUGUACGUGUACACCUUGGAAAAACAAUCGAUGUCAAGCUAGAAUCUCAUAAAAUGAGUGGCGAGAUCCAGAGACUGACAGACGGAAAGAUGUACAAUGAUGGUGUUUGAACUGCCAACAUACUGAGUUCAACUGGAGAAGACAUCUGAUGAAAAAUUACUUCAACGUUACAGAAUCCAGCAUGGAAGACAAGGCAAAUGGCUCAUUGGACACCAAAAGCCCAGUGGAGAACGGCCAGCUGCCAGACCCUUCCAACUGGGGAGUUACUGACGUUGUCAAUUAUUUUAAAGCAACAGGGUUUGAGGAGCAAGCCACAGCUUUCCAGGAUCAGGAAAUUGAUGGUAAGUCGCUGCUCCUAAUGACUCGAAAUGACGUCCUGACAGGACUGUCGAUAAAGCUUGGCCCUGCACUCAAGAUCUACGAGUACCAUGUGAAGCCACUACAAACUCAGCACCUGAAGAGCAACGCCUCAUAGCUCCGUAUGCCGUCCCACCUCUCAACUCAGUGACAAUCAUUGUGUCAGGAGAACCCAGGUUAGCUGCCGCUUCACAAAGAUUCCUCUGCCAACAGUGGCACAUUAACAGGAUUUGAAUUCUGUAUGUUUUUAUAAGCGUGGAUCCCAAAAAAUGGUCUGCACAUGGCAUCCACUCAGCUGUUUACCCUUUCAGCCAUUCUAAUUUCUGCUGCUUGAAAUAUGUUUUUUUUUCUGUGUGUGUGUGUGUGUGUGUGUGUGUGUGUGUGUGUGUGUGUGUUUUAUUUAAAAAGAAGCAAUGUGGAGUAACUACUCUGCAGGUAUCAUUUAUGUAUGUUGGUGUGGUGUAUGUGUGUGUGUGCAAAGUGAAUUAACCUAUCAUGGUUUUAAAAAGUAUUUGUACAGAAGAUGAUAUAUAAUUGAAAACUGUAUGUUCUGUCAUACCUGACUAUUUUGAUUCUGAUACAUAUAGUUUUGCCCUAAAUUUAGUUUUUAUGAUCUGACCUGUGAAUUUUGAGCCAAUGACUAUCCUGAGCAUGUCACUGCAAUGCAUUUUCUUUUCCCAGACACAAGGAUCACCUAAAGCUUAUUUGUUUGUGCAAAACGUCAUUAUUUAGGCUCUGGGUCUUGAUAUGAAAAUAUUUGUGUAUAUAUUCUUAUGUUUUCCUACCUGUGGUGCUUUCAGCUUUGUCACCCAGACAACUGUACUGAAGUGUGUAUGAGCAAUGUAUAUGUGCAACAUAACACUGGAGUUUGAAUAUCUGAAUGUGAGAUUUGCAAUAAAUGGUGCUCUUUUCUCACCAAAGAACAACAACAGUUUCACACUUUAUUAGCAGCAGUUGUUUUUUCCAUUUCAUAUGUUGCUUAUUCUCAUGACACAAAGCAUCAUGUUUGGCUAAUCUCAAGAUGUGAUUCAGAUUUUAAAGGGUAGAUUAACUAUUUAGUAAGAUGACUUGUUCAGGUUAAUAGUUGGAUCACAGCAGCCUUCUUCUCAGGAUGUGA